AAGAAAUAGAGAGAAUCACACAUAUCGCAAGAGAAUUUUUCAGGAUUAAUGAUAUUGAGAUUAAUACAAAGAAAUCAGAACUAUUAAUAAUAUACCUCAAAGACAAAGCAGAUGCAGACAAGGGUAUAAAAUUUAGCCCAAAAAAAGAAACAGUCAUGAGAAAAAGUUCAGAAGAAUUAAUACG